UCCUCGUUCAGUUCCAACCAACAAUUCCUCCUGUGACCCUUUUGGCUUCACUUGCUCACCAAAACUCCUUAAGCACCCGCUCAGAAAGAAUGGAACCCAACGAAGCCAAAGUGGGUCAGAUUCCAAUUCCUGUAUAACUUCCCCCAUCGUUUUAAGUGCGUGUGCACAUGUUUGUGUGUGUCACCGUCUCGUCUCAGCUCAGAGAGUCAGGCUCUGACAUUUUCUUGUUUUUAUACAUUAAACAAUCGUAUUAUAAGCCUGACAUCGAUGAUACCCUCUUGCACAUUUUUCUCUGUUUCCUGCAAAUUUUCAGCACAUCCCAUGUUCGGUACAGACAAUUUUCAAGACCCUUCUCCAUAUUUUCUUCCAGAAAAGUGCCUUUUACCCUUCCGUAUUUUCUGUUUUGGCUCUCUAGACUAGAGUCUAUGACUCUAUAAGACUUCAUUUCAUGCCCAGCCAAAAAUUUUCCCGCACAUUUGUUCAUCUAUAAUUUUGCAAAGAAGAGAGUUCAAUUUUUAAUAUCAGUCUGAGUACUUUUCCCCUCUUGGUUGGUUAGUACCUUUGUUCUCCAUCCCCAAGCUGUAGACAACUAUUACUACCCAUUGGUAGAACCAAAUAUAUAAUUUCUGUGUAUUGGGUUCUAUCAUUAAGGGUUUUUUUUUUCGGUUUUUGUACAAAAAGUUCAGACCUUCCAAAUCUGCAUCUCUAACCAUUAAGGGCGUGAGGUUUUGUUUCAGUUUUCCAUGGUAAAAACUGUUUGUGAAACGGAUUUCAUCUGGGUCUGAAUUAUAAUCCCAGUUUGCCUACUCUGCAAGCCGUCAAAGUCCACAGAUUUGAUUCCUUGUCUCAAACCAGGGUAUUGAGAGAAAUGUUGAAGUCUAAUGCAAAUUGAAGGCCCCGAACAUGGCCAAUCUUGUUCCCGGUGUCCUCCUCAGGCUUCUGCAGCACAUGAACACAGAUAUAAAGGUUGCCGGAGAGCACAGGUCGUUGCUACUUCAAGUUGUGAGCAUUGUUCCGGCGCUUGCAGGCGGUGAGUUGUUCCCAAACAAAGGCUUUUACCUUAAGGUUUCGGAUUCCUCUCAUGCCACUUAUGUAUCUCUCCCUGAUGAGCAUGAUGAUCUGAUUCUUAGUGACAAGAUCCAACUGGGCCAGUUUAUUCACGUUGACCGCCUCGAAGCCGCCUCACCUGUCCCGAUUCUUCGCGGGGUUAGGCCGGUUCCAGGGCGCCACCCUUGUGUGGGCAGCCCUGAAGAUAUUGUUGCGACUCACUCAUUGGGAUUUCUGAGUAAUAAUUCAUCUCCAGGCUUGAAAUCUGAGAAAGUGAAAUCAGCUAAGAAAAUCUUGCGGAAUAACCAUGUUGGGGAAAAGGAGAAAGUGAGAUUGAAUGGUAGUGUCAAAGAGGAGAAAUCGGAUAAGAAAAUUGGAUCUUUUGCAAAAUCAAAGUCACAACCAACGAAACCAGCUUUGAGUUUGGAUGUAAAGAAGGAAUCUUUGGCGAGAUUGAAGUCGCUUAAUUCACGGUCUAUUCCUUCGUCUCCUACAAGUUGUUAUUCGUUGCCGACGUCUUUUGAGAAGUUUGCCACCGGGGUCAAGCAGCAGGCAGAGAUUAAGAGAGCUAAGUUGGGAGUGGUGGAAAAGGCGAAUGCUUUGCGCACGGCGAGUCCCCUUCCCUCUGGAAGGAAGGUGUCCAUUGGAAACCCGAUUAAAACUUUUGUCCAAGGAAUUGAGCUGGGGGCCAAGGCUCUGAGGAAGAGCUGGGAUGGGAAUAUGGAAGUGAAAAGUAGAGAGAGUUCCAAACUGAGGGCCACCAAACAUGAUCUGAAGCCUGACGUACGGAGUUCUACUCCUAGAUUAAGCACGUCAUCAAGGAUAAGUACAUCAUCAAGAAUAAGCACAUCAAGCGACAGAUUACCGCCUAAAGAGGAGAAUACGGUCCAGUCAUCUGCUAGGUUAUCUAAAGGAGAGGUUAGGGUUCAAAUGUCUCCAAAAAAGGUUUCUGCGACUUUGGGGGUUCAAGAAAAAGUAAGCAAGCAAACUUCUGCUGGAAAGAAGUCAUCAGAAGUUUCCAGUAAUGGACUGCCAGGAAACAUGGUUAAGGUUUCCCUAACUGGUAGAAGAUUGAUGGAUGGAAGUGCUUCAUGGGCUUCACUCCCUUCUUGUCUUGCAAAGCUCGGAAAGGAAGUUAUGAAGAACAGAGAUGCUGCACAGCUGGCAGCAAUAGAGGCUAUACAAGAGGCUUCUGCUGCAGAGAACUUACUUCAAUGUCUGAGCAUAUAUUCUGAGUUAAGUACCUCUGCUAAGGAAGAUAACCCUCAGCCUUCAGUUGAACAGUUCUUGACUCUUCAUGCAAGCUUAAAUAAUGCUUGCAUGGUUGCUGAUUCCCUAUCAAAAUUUCGUUCUGGGGGUGCAUCCCCAGAUCAUGAAGAAAACCUGUCAGAAGAAGCACUAAAGUUGAUAUCCAACAGGCGAAAACAUGCAGCUUCAUGGGUCCAAGCUGCAUUGGCAACCAAUCUGUCACUCUUUUCAGUUUUUAGCAAAGACCCUACCUUGACUCGAGAUGCAGCUCCAACUCCCACUCAAAGUCAAAAGGCCAUUCCAGUAAAUCAACCAGUAUUAGUACUAGAAAAUUCUACCAAGAAUACCUCAGCAAAAAGCCAAGGCAAAGCCCGCCAAGCCAUCGGUUCUAAGUUUGCCCAAGGAACUCCUCGCCGGCUAGGGGAUGUGUCAUCCAUGAGCCAGAAGCCGCAGGCCCAACCUCCACCAGAGUGGGUUAGAGGAAUUGGCAUUGAUGAGGCAGUUGACUUGGCUGAAAUGUUGCAACUGCAGUCCCAGGAUUGGUUUUUGGGAUACGUGGAGAGGUUCUUGGAUGCUGAUGUGGACACAUCAGCCCUAUCAGAUAAUGGUCAAAUAGCAGGGAUGUUGACUCAGCUCAAGAGUGUGAAUGACUGGCUGGACAAGAUUGGAUCAAGCAAGGAUGGAGGAGAAUCACCCCAUAUUUCGGCUGAGACAACUGACAGGUUGAGAAAGAAGAUCUACGAGUACCUCCUUACCCAUGUUGAAUCAGCUGCUGCUGCACUUGGUGGUGGUUCACAAUUGUCACCACUAUUCCAAACACAAGAAACCAAAGUUAGAAGGUGACAUAAUUUUAGCUUAAAUACAAAAGUGGUGUUUGCAUUUCACUGUGGUACAACCCCAUGGCAUCCUAGUUCAGUAUAUUUGUUCGUGUAAAUAUAUCCUACAUGGGUUUUGGGUAUAUAUGGGGUAAUUAGUUUUUAACAGGAAAAAGAAUUUGAAGAGCA